AGCAGUUAGGGAAGAGUUGUGGGCUAAUUUACAACAAAAAGCCACAACCAAAAAAUUAGAAAAGGAGAUGUUUAUAUCUAGUUGUGGUACUAUUAAUCUUGAAGAGGAAGAACUUAUGCCAAGAGAAUCAACUCUAUCUAUUGGUGGUAGAAGUAAAAAGACCAAAAUUGGGCAACACAAAGGCCGCAUAGAUUUGUACAUAUACAAAAAACCUGAGGAAAUUCUCAAAAAGAGAAAGCUUGAAAAGUGUAGGCAAUCUUCUAUAAAAGAUUCUAACAAGGAUUUGAGGGUUGAAACAAUUCAAUACAUUGCUCAGUUCUUCUAUCAAAAUGGCAUCUCUUUCAAUGUUGCUCGUUCGGAAAGUUUCAAGCUAAUGGUAGAAGCAAUUGGACAAUAUGGAAAAAAUCUCAAACCUCCUAACUACCAUGAAUUGAGGGUUUCAUGUUUAAAUAAGGAGUUGGUGUACACUAAAAAAUUAAUGGAGUAUCAUAGGAAACAAUGGUCAAGAUAUGGGGUCACUAUUAUGUCCGAUGGAUGGACGAAUAAGAGGCAAAGGAGUAUAAUCAAUUUUUUGGUUAAUUCUCCUGCUGGUACAAUGUUUGUAAAGUCUAUUAAUGCUUCUGCUUUUGUCAAAACCAGGGAAAAGUUGUUUGAGUUGCUUGAUAGCAUUGUGGAGGAGAUUGGAGAAGAACAUGUAGUUCAACUUAUAACAGAUAAUGGGAGCAAUUAUGUUGUAGCUGGUAAAUUAUUAGAAGAGAAGAGAAAGCACAUAUUUUGGACUCCAUGUGCAGCACAUUGUAUUGAUCUUAUACUAGAGGACAUUGGAAAGAUUUCAAAGGUUAAGAAGACAAUACAAAAAGCAAUAAGUCUUGUUGGGUUCAUCCACAACCAUUCAAGCACCUUAAACUUAAUGAGGCGAUUCACUAACAAGACUGAGUUGGUCCGAUAUGGGGUGACACGGUUUGCUACGAAUUUUCUUUCAUUACAAAAUGUGUACAAGCAAAAGGUCAACCUUCGAAAGACGUUUACAUCUAAUGAAUGGACAAGUAGUAAGUUGGCUAGAGAUGCCAAAGGAGUAAAUGCAGUAAGUACAGUAAUUGCUGCUUCAUUUUGGAAUAAUGUGCUAUAUACUCUAAGGGUUAUGGGUCCUCUUGUGAUUGUUUUGUGGCUUGUUGAUAGUGAAAGUAAGCUAGCAAUGCCUUAUAUUUAUGAGGCAAUGACCAAAGCUAAGGAUUUCAUUAAGAGAUUGCAAAAUGAUGAUGAAAGCAAGUACAAGGAAAUCUUUGAAAUUAUUGACAAUAAACGAGAAUGCCAACUUUAUCGAUCGUUACAUGCAGCAGCUCAUUACUUAAAUCUUGCAGUCUUUUAUAGUACUCCAAAUAUGGAUUUGGAUUUGAGACUAACUGGUGGAUUGAUGGAUUGCAUUAAGAAGAUGGAGCUUGAUGUUAAUUUGCAACUCCAAAUAUAUGAAGUCCUAAUUUAUAAUAGAGCUCGAGGUCGAUUUGGUGAUGACUUACCAAUUAAAUCAAGGGAUUCGAAAUCACCUGAUGAGAUUGAUCCUAUUGUUCUAAAUGAGAUCGAUUUCGAUAAUGAGUGGUUGGUUGGAGAAAGUGGUGAAGUUGAAGAUGUUCAUAAUGAUUCGGUUUUUGAAAAUGAUAAUCUAACUUGGGGUGAUGUGAAGAGAGCAUCAGGAGCAAGAGAAAUUAGAACUUACACUAGGGGACAAGCAAAAAGAAAUGCCACUGCAGCCUUGACCUCUCAAGUUCCAACGUUAACUUUUAGAACUCUAAUCACAACCUCUAAUAUUGAUGCAGUUUAUGCUACUAGAAUUAGUGAAGAGGCUCAUACUUUAUUAGAUCUUGAAAAGUCAGAGGAGGAAGAAGAGGAGUUUGAGCCUGGUGGAACAAGUCAGAAAAACAAGGAUGAUGAUGAUUUAGUAGCUGAGCAAGAAGAAUUAGAAGCAGAAGAGAGUGAUGAGGAUUAUUAGACUUUUGAAUGAUUUUUUGUUUUAAAGUUCUAUUAUCUGAUUUUUUUUCUGAACUGAUCUUGUCUGACUUUUGUACUUUUGAAGUAUUUUAUUGUUUUGUUUGAUUAUUAUAAACUAUGAUUUUUAUAUGUUGAGGCUUGAGAAUAUUGUUUUUUAUAAUUUUUGAUAAUUUUUAUAAAUUCUUAGGUCAUUU